AUGGCCUACCUUCAAGCAUUUCAGAAGGCUUCCGCAGGGCUGUUCUUGUUAGCACUGUGGGGUGUGGUUGGAGGUGAGAAGCUGCUGGUUGUUCCCCAGGAUGGAAGUCACUGGCUUAGUAUGAAGGAGAUCGUUGAGCUUCUCAGCCAGAGGGGCCAUGACAUUGUGGUGGUGGUGCCGGAGGUGAACUUGCUUCUGAAGGAAUCCAGACACUACACCAGGAGAGUCUACCCAGUGCCCCACACUGUGGACGAGCUGAAGGAGCGUUUCCGCUCUUUUGGAAACAGCCACUUUGCUGAGAGGUCUUUCCUGAGUGGCCCUCAGACAGAGUACAGAAACAACAUGAUUGUUGUUGACAUGUUCUUCACCACCUGUGAGAGCCUCCUGAAGGACUUGGAGACCCUGAAGUUCCUCAGGGAGAGUGAGUUUGAUGCCCUUUUUACUGACCCAGCCUUACCUUGUGGUGUGAUCCUGGCUGAGUAUCUGGGCCUGCCCUCCGUGUACCUCUUUCGGGGUUUCCCAUGUACCCUGGAGUACACAUUCAGUGGGAGCCCAAACCCUGUGUCCUACAUCCCCAGAUUCUACACUCAGUUCUCUGACCACAUGACUUUCCCCCAACGGGUGGCCAACUUUCUCAUGAAUUUGUUGGAGUUCCCCCUACUUUACCUUCUGUAUGGGAAGUACCAAGACCUUGCCUCGAAUCUCCUCAAGAGAGAUGUGGACUUGGGUGCCUUGUACAAGAAGGCCUCCAUAUGGCUGUUAAGAUAUGACUUUGUGUUUGAGUAUCCCAGGCCAGCCAUGCCCCACAUGGUCUUCAUUGGAGGGACCAACUGCAAGGAGGGACAACGUCUACCUCAGGCGGCCUGUGGGGCGCGAGUGCCCCCAGGGCGGGAGGCCGGUGGGAGGCGCACGGCCCCCCCAGCGCGAGUGGCCAUUGGGGGCGUGCCCCUCCACCCCACCACACGGGCACUUGGCGGUGUGGUGGCUUCGCUGUACCAGCCUUGA